UCGUGGUUGUGUGAAGACUUUCAAGAGCAUGCCAUCUACACGUUAUAUGAUUAGUGGUUUCCCUUACGCUUUAAAUGUAUGGCUGUUGGAGGUUUUCCCUAUCUUUCGAGGGUUUUCAAGUUUUCAUGGUCUGAAGUCUCCUCGUAUGUUGUCUUGGGGUCCUUCAAAGCAAGUUGAUUAUAAAGUUAUUACUGAUAAUUUCUUCCAUGCUGAAAAAAGAUUCAAGAAAUUUAUUGUCCAUGUUGUUGUUGUUGGUACGGAACAAGAGAUGAUGGAUUAUCCAGUUGCACUUAAAUUUCCUGAUGAUUCAGGCCCUUGUUCUUCCCGUGCGGUUUUGCCAUCUCAAGUUACUUCUCAGAUAGUUGAUGUAAGUUGUACUUUGCCUUUUGUGUUUUUGGUUGUUUAACUGAAUUCUGAGUUAGAGGCCUUGUGGUAGAAUAUUUU